AUGACUAACCAUGUCGCCGCGAAUCUGCCGCCGUUGCUCCCUACCCCGGCGCGCUGCCCCCUCCUCACGCCUCCUCCGGCGAUGUACACGGCUCGUGUGGAGCUGGACAGCAAGAAGCAGCAGCCUGGACGUGCCUCGAUGAGCCAAAGCUGGAUCAAAUACAAGGUCGACCUGCCUGGGCGUGCUUCCCGGAGCUCCAGCUGGGUCACUGACAAGAAGCUCCGCACUUUGAACGGCGGCGUCGAGCUCGAGCGCCUCGGCCGCGUGGAGAUGCCGAGGGAAAACUGGAAGAGGCCGGCGAGCCGUGCGCCAUCCGUCGACCGGUGCGCGAAGAAGACGAGGCCUCCGGUUGAGAUGGUGGCAGCCUCGGAGGCACCAAUCCUCGCUGGCCCCGCGCCGUCGACCGGCCGGUUCGAGGCAAAGCCUAUGGCCGAGAUGGUGGCAGACUCGAAGGUGGCAUCCUUGGCUGGCCCUGCGGCCUCGGUUGACUCGACCAUGGUGGAAGCAUCACCCUUGACUGGCCUCGCUCCGUCGACCAACCGGUCUGAGAAGAAGCUGGAGCCUCUGACAAAGAUGGAGGCGGACUGGGAGGAACCAUUCUUCGCUGGCCCGACAUUCAUCUUGUCGCCGGACCCGAGCGAGCUGCCAAUGCCGACCUUCAUAGUGUCGCCGGACCCGAGCGAGCUGCCCAUCCCAACCUUCCUCUAUAAGGACAAGCUAGCUAAAGUGCUUGCUAGAUUAGUCGCUCCGAUGAUCCUUGAUCAGCAACAAGAUUGAAGCUGUUUUCAGUGUGCAGCUAGGUCGGCAUGCAUGUAUGCCAAUCUGUCCUUUCCGUGCGUGGGUGCACAUGAUCAAUACAAUUACUAGCAUUUGUUUA